UCACGUACUGCGCCCGUAGAAACGUGCUGCUGCGUAUCGUUGCUGUGAAUAUGAGCCGCCCAGUCGCUAUUUUCAACAUAUUCAAACUGCCAUAUAAUGUGUUCGCAACGUGUCGACUGCUAGAAGCUCCCUGAGCUUCCCUUUGACCGUAGGUCCUUCUUAAUUUAGUUGCGUGUCUGGAAAGAUCUACUCUAUCGUCGGGACGAUGAAGCGAAUUUCGGUGGAGAAAAUUCAGGAGCUUCAAAAGCAGACGCACAAUAUUCGAAACGUCUGCAUUCUGGCCCACGUUGACCACGGCAAAACUACACUUGCCGAUUCGUUGGUGGCGAGCAAUGGCAUCAUAUCGCAGAAGCUCGCAGGGAAACUGCGCUACAUGGACAGCAGAAGUGAUGAGCAAGAACGCGGCAUCACCAUGAAGUCCAGUGCGAUCACUCUGCACUACCCCAAGAGGGACCUGCUGGUGAACCUUGUGGACUCCCCGGGUCACGUCGACUUCACGAGCGAGGUGAUGGCUGCCGUGCGACUCUGCGAUGGUGCAGUCAUCGUCGUGGAUGUGGUCGAAGGCGUUUGUGCGCAAACGAAAGUGGCCCUGAACCUGGCCUGGUCGGAGGGCCUCAAGCCCCUGCUGGUGCUGAACAAGAUGGAUCGGCUCAUCCUGGAGAAGAAGAUGACUCCUCUCGAUGCCCACAUACACCUGCAGCAGAUCCUGGAGCAGGUGAAUGCAGUGGUGGGAGAACUGUUUGCGGCAGGUGUCAUGGAAAAGACGUCUAACGAAGCCUCCACCAAGAAGAAUCUGGAGUCUCAGGAGAACGCUCAGGUGUUUGACUGGGACAGCGGCCUGGACGACGCGGACGACUCCACGCUCUACUUCUCCCCCGAGCAAGGCAAUGUGGUGUUUGCCAGCGCCUACGACGGGUGGGGAUUCAGUACAAGCAACUUUGCUGAGCUGUACUCCAAGAAGCUGGGAGUGAAGAGGGAGGUUUUGGAGAAGACCCUUUGGGGGGACUUUUACCUCAACGUCAAGGCCAGGAGGAUCCUCAGGGGAGCUCAGGCUAAGUGCAAGAAGACCCUGUUUUCACAGCUGGUACUGGAGACCCUAUGGGAGGUGUACGAUGCCAUCUGCACAAGACGGGACCCCGUGGCCGUGGAGAAGAUAACGCGGACGCUCGGAGUGACCCUGUCGAGUCGUGGCGGCCGUCAGACGGACCCCCGCGCCCAGGUGCAGGCCCUCUGUUCCCAGUGGAUGCCCCUCGCCGACGCUUUCCUAGAGAUGACGUUCCUGAUUCCGAGUCCCGAGCAGCUGACUGAGGCUCGGGUGGAGGCCCUGAUGUGCCCGACAUCGCGCAGGUUCGACUCGCUGCCCGCCGAGACACGCCAACUCAAAGAGGCGUUCCUCAAGUGCUCGCCAGACCAGGAGGCUCCAGUGAUCGUCUGCAUCUCCAAGAUGGUGGCCGUAGAAUCUCAAUUGCUGCCUGAAAACAGAAUGAGGCCCAAGCUGCUGAGCCCGGAAGAAAUUGCAAAGCGGAGAGAGGAGGCACGGUUGAGGCACGCUCAGCGGAUGGCAGUCCAGCAGGCAUCAUCUGCCGAGCCACAACCUAACGAAGUCCGAGAUAACGGCCUGCAGGAAAAUGGCAGCAGCAACGGUGGUGACACAGAAGAAGACAAGGUGGAGGAGUCUUUCGUGGCGUUUGCACGGGUGUUCAGUGGCACGCUGCGGAAGGGCCAGCAGGUCUACGUCCUCGGACCCCGGCACGACCCCGCUCGCUUUCUCGAACAGGGGUGUCGGGUGGACCCUGAGCGCAAGCUGAAGGACCUGGGCGCCCAGGAGCACGUCACCGUCGUCACGGUGGACAGACUGUACCUGCUCAUGGGCAAGGAGCUGGAGGAGCUCGACUGCGUGCCCGCCGGAAACAUCCUGGGCAUCGGCGGCCUGGAGGAGCACGUCGCCCGCACGGGGACGCUGUCCACGUCCGGCGCCUGCCCGUCGUUCGUGGAGCAGCGGUGCCUUGUGACGCCGAUCCUGCGGGUGGCCCUGGAGCCCCGGCGCCUGGGGGACCUCGGGGCCCUGGUGCGGGGACUCAGGCUGCUCCACCAGGCGGACCCCUGCGUGCAGGUGCUCCUCCAGGAGAGCGGGGAGCACGUGCUCCUCACGGCCGGGGAGGUGCACCUGGAGCGCUGCGUUACGGAUCUCGUUCAAAGGUUUGCCAAGGUUGAAAUCAACGUCUCGGAUCCCAUCGUCCCCUUCCGAGAAACUAUCGUGGAACCGCCAAAGGUGGAUAUGGUCAAUGAAGUCAUAGAGGAUAAGAACUUGCUCCAGAAAUCUUCAAAGGAAACAGAUGAAGACAUUGACGCGGACGGUACGGUAACUGUGCACACAGCAAACCGUCAAGUCACCAUCAAGUUGAGAGCCGAACCGCUGCCUCAAGAUGUGACCGAGCUCCUCGAAAAACAUGGCUCUCUGAUCCGAGACUAUGAUCAGGCAUUGUCUUCCAGAAACCAGGAGCUUCCAGAGACAUUAAAGAAAACAAUUUCUGAAUUUCGGCAAGCUCUCGUAGAAGCUUUUGCAGAAGCCGGCUGGCCAAAAGAAACCGUGAACCAGAUCUGGUCAAUGGGGCCACGACGGUGCGGUCCAAACAUCUUGUUAAACAGGGUACCCGGUUUUCAAAAACCAGCACUUUUUGGCAAGGACGUCAUCCAACACAAACAACCAGUGUCACAAGAAAAGAAUUCCCCCUGCGCAGAACGAAGACCCUUGCCUGCAGAAGUUACCGUAACGAUGUCUGAAGAUGGCGACAAGAGUGGUCGCCAUCUUCACCUUCCAGAGGAUCAUGAGCAUGUUGAAGACAGUCUGCAAGACAGUGUACCUCAGUUUAAAGAUCUUGCACAUCAAGAAAACGAUCCUGGGCUUCCAGUGACGACCAAUGGUGUGAGCAGCAGUAGAAAGACAUUAGCUGACUUUGACAACAGCUUUGUCAGUGGGUUCCAGUUGGCCACUCUGGCAGGGCCUUUGUGCCAGGAGCCCAUGAUGGGUGUGGCCUUUGUGGUGGAUGAGUGGCUUCUAGACUUGUGCGUGGAGGACCCUGGAACUUAUGGUCCAUUGUCUGGACAGAUCAUCUCUGCUGUCAAGGAAGGCUGUAGGAGGGCCUUCCAGGCACAACCACAGAGACUCCUCUGUGCCAUGUACAGUUGCAGCAUCCAAGCGACUUCAGACGCAUUACGCAAGAUGUACGCGGUGCUGGGGCGGCGCCACGGCCGCGUGCUGGGCGGAGACCUCCGCGAGGGUUCGCAGACCUUCGAGGUGACGGCGGUGCUGCCCGUCGUGGAGAGCUUCCACUUCGCCAACGAGAUCCGCAAGCAGACGUCGGGACUUGCCAACCCGCAGCUCGUCUUCAGCCACUGGGAGGUGGUGGACGUGGAUCCCUUCUGGGUGCCCUCGACGGAGGAAGAGUACGCCCACUUCGGGGAGAAGGCCGACACGGAGAACCGGGCCCGCAAGUACAUGGAUGCCGUGCGCCGGAGGAAGGGCCUGCCUGUCGGAGAGAAGGUGGUGGAACAUGCCGAGAAGCAGCGGACGCGCUCCAGGAAGAAGUAGCAGACGUCUGGUUCCCCGUCCGAGAGUCGGAUGUCCGGGAAGAACCAUCCGAUGUCCAGUUCUCUGUCUGGCGACUGGAUAGCAACUUGGUGACGGGCAGUAAUGGGGAAGCUUUCAACGAGAGGCUAGUCGGCAUGGCGGAAAUAAAGGGAAAGGAUGUGUGGCGAAGGAAA